UGUAAAUCAAAUAGUCAUAUUAGUCAUAUGUGUUAUUUCUGUACAAUUUGGCCUUAAAAUCAAAAUUUUCCGUAUUUUUCACACAUUUAAGUAAAUUCUGUAUUUGUUCUUAUUAUUUUCUGUUAUAUUUACUUAACGUUAUGUCUGUUACAACCCAAAUUAUCGACCAGAAAGUUCAUCAAUUAAAAGAUGCAACAUUUAAAUGCUCUUCCAGCACACAAAUACUGCGAGAUCAACAUAAAAAGAUACAAUGCAAAACAACAUCAUCAAAGAAAUGCAUAAUAAUACCUGUACUGAACAAUACAGUAAUUCAUAUCGAAAAAAGUAAGUUACCAAGUAUUUCCACAUGGGACGCAAGAACCUCCAAGUCAAAAAAAGACUAUUGCUCUUCGUUAAAAAUUCGAAAAAAAUGUCGGAAGAAAACUGAUCAACAGAAGAAACCAUCUCUUAUAAAGUUUCCAGAAAUGAGAGGAGGCGUAUUAUAUUCCAGAUGUUACUGUUUGCACAGAGAUGGUCUUCAAGAUGAUUGUCCUUUGACGCAAUGUCAAGGGCAACCGAAAUGUUUAAUCAAGCCAUGGCCUACUUGUCCACCAGGAAAAUUUAUCAGACAACGUUAUCCAGAAUUAUAUUGAAAGACAUCUGACAUAAGUUGAAUGAUACAAUAAUGCUAGUAAAAAAUUUGAAAUCUAAAAAAAUAUUUCUGCGCGUUUUAAAUUAUUUA